GUAAAUGUAGGUGGUAUCCGGAUGGAAAUGUAAACAUGUGAGGAGGAAAAGAUGUUUAUCUAAGAAUUGUAGAUAUUAGCCUAUGUUAGGCCCUUGGCGAUAGUUUUUUAAGUAACAUCGACAAUGGCAGGAUUCCAGGAGCCACCGACCAAGAAGCAAAAAACUGAGAACAGGCUUUUGGGAGCCCACAUGCCAGUACAGCAGUCCCCCAUCAGAAAUGGUGUUGGAGGCGGUUUUAGCAAGGGAAACAAUAAUCAUGGGAAAGGCUCUCCCUUCCAGAAGAGCUCUCCAGGCCAGAAUGGGUUCAUGAAUGGCAAUGCCAAGAACACUGAACAUUUGAAAAACAUUGUGAAGCAGAGACAUGCUCUCCCCAUCUUCCCCACUCGAGCCAAACUGCUGGAGGAAUUGAAAAAAAAUGAGACUGUGAUUGUUAUUGGUGAAACAGGCAGUGGAAAGACAACACAGAUCCCACAGUACCUGCAUGAGGAGAGAUGGGACAAGAAGGGGGGGAUUUGUGUCACCCAGCCCAGGCGAGUUGCAGCAAUCUCUGUGGCCAAGCGUGUCGCAGAAGAAAUGAACACACAGAUAGGGGGUCUGGUGGGCUAUUCUGUGAGGUUUGAAGAGUGUGUGUCACCCAGUACAAAACUAAAGUAUGUAACAGAUGGUAUGUUGUUAAGGGAAGCUAUAUCAGAUCCAUUGCUCAGUAGGUAUAACUGGGUCAUACUUGAUGAGGCCCAUGAACGGACUAUAAGCACUGACGUGUUGUUUGGCAUUGUGAAAGAUGCCCAGAAGAAGAGAAAGCAACUAGAGAAAGAUAACUUGAAAGUGAUAGUUAUGUCAGCCACCAUGGAUGUUGAUCACUUUAGUCAGUACUUCAAUAAAGCCAAAGUAUUGUACAUUGAGGGUCGACAGCACCCUGUGGAAAUGCUAUACGCCAGAGAAAAACAGGAUGAUUAUGUGUUAGCCUCCAUGAGCACUGUCUUCCAGAUACAUAAGGAGGCUCCAGCACAGCAUGACAUUUUGAUCUUCCUAACAGGACAGGAAGAGAUUGACUCGGUCACACACAGCAUCCGGCAGGUAGCAAAGGACAGUAGCUUGGCAGAGUUCCCCAGAAUGAGAGUCCUGCCCCUCUAUGCUGCCUUGCCAUCCAGCCAGCAACUGGAUGUCUUCAGAGUAACAGCACCAGGAGAGAGGAAGGUGAUUGUGAGCACAAACAUUGCUGAAACCUCUAUCACUAUUCCUGGAAUCAAGUACGUGAUUGACUCUGGAAGAGCAAAGAUAAGGACAUACAAUCCAGUCAAUGGCUUUGACUCCCUCAAAGUCAAGAAGAUCUCACAAGCCCAGGCAUGGCAAAGGACAGGCCGUGCUGGAAGGGAAACUGCUGGGUUCUGUUAUCGAAGUUACACACUCGAGGAGUUCAAUGCAAUGGAGGUAAAUCCUGUCCCAGAGAUCCUGCGCUCAAAUCUUGCCAGUGUGAUUCUCCAGCUGUUGGCCAUGGGUAUCAAGAAUAUCCUUACCUUCGACUUUAUUGAUAAGCCAAGCCCAUCAAGUAUCAAGCAGGCUGUUGAGCAGUUGACCUUGUUGGAGGCUGUUGUUAUGAAAGCAGGGCAGUUGGAGCUGACAGACUUGGGCAAGAAGAUGGCGCAAUUCCCCCUAGAGCCUCGUUAUUCAAAAGUGAUUCUCUCAGGCCCACAGUAUGGCUGUACUGAUGAGGUCCUGUCUGUAAUUGCUAUGCUGUCUGGUGAAUCCAUUUAUGUCAACCCAAGUGGAAAGAAGGAGAUGGCUGCUAGCGUGCGGCGCAAAUUUUUGUCUGUAGAAGGCGACCAUGUGACAAUGCUCAAAAUUUUCAGAGCAUUUAGAGGCUCAAAAGAGAACAAGAUGUGGUGUCACGAGAACUUCCUGAACCAUCGAAACCUGAAAUAUGCUCUGGAGGUGCGGAAACAGUUGCAUCAGGUCUGCCAGAGAAAUAAUGUUACUUUAGCUUCUUGUAACCAAGAUAUGGAUGCUCUCAGAAGAUGCCUUGUUGCUGGACUCUUCACAAACAUUGCAGAGCUACAGCUGGAUGGGAAGUACCUGUCACUCGAUACCAGGCAAGAGUGUUCCAUUCACCCAACAUCCGUCUUGUUUGGAGGAAAGCCCGCCUACAUCCUCUUUACUGAACUGGUCCACACUGGCAAGAUGUACAUGCAUAUCAAUUCAGCAGUGGACGCACAGUGGCUGUUUGAGGUUGCCCCCGAGUACUUCAGAAAACGGCACAUCAAGAAAAUGUGAAAUAGCAACUGGACACAACCUUAAUAUAGGCCUACAUGUGAGAAGUGUUGUUGCUUAGUGUAUGGUAUCUUUGUGCAGUGACGCAUUUGCAUCAAAGGUGUCAAAGAAAAUGCCUUUACCACCUUCUCUGUUAAAGAUCUCUGUGAACAAAUCAGUACUGAGCCUCUGCCAGUUUUCCCACUUGGACCUAAUUGCCCCGUGAAAAUUCAACUCCCAUUUUGUUAUCGGAUAGGUGUCUUUCCUACUCUUCCAAUUUGUCGGUCUCCCCUGCCAUGCCAACCUGCGUCUUACUGGGAUCAGAGAAGGAAAAUUUCUAAGAAUUUCCUGGUGGAGAAUUAAGCGGUGUGACGAGAGAAAGAGAAUGAUUUGGUGUAUGUUAACGAAGGAACCUUUAGGUAGCUGUGAUCAUUUUUUUUCCCCUCAUUGAAAUAAGGUUCUGAUUCUAGGAUUCUGUAAAGCUGAUAGAGUAGUAAAUGUUUGUUAUACACUAGAUAGAUUUAUAUAACUUUGUAAUGUUUAUAUGCUAUUCUUUUAUACAAGAAAAGGAACAUACUCUUUGUACAUUAUUUACAGAACCAUGGUGUGGAAUACUUUAUUGCAAGUUAUUUUCCUUCCAGUCCUUGUCAUUUUAUGUACUUAAAUAAAGGGAUGUAAAAGGAGAAGGAAUAAAGAAUGAUAAAUAUGUAGAGAAUGGAAGAUAAAGAACAUUACGCAAUUAUUAGCAAAUAUGGAUUUUGUAUAGUACAUUUAUUAAACAGUUUUUGGAUACUUGCUCAUUAUUAUACAAUACUUCUAACUUUAUUAUUAGUACCAUAAAUGUACUUAUGAAAGAUGGAAUAAUGCAAUGCUGCAUUGAUAUCAACAUAUAACAACCCUCCCUGACCAGGACUCGAACCCAGACCACUCUGGGUAUGAAACAGGAGGGCCAGUACUAAACCAACCAAGCCACAAGACCCACUAAAAGGAAUAUGCAACUAGGAUCUCACUAGCUCCAUAGACAUUACCUAUCUACUCAUACUAGAGUAAUGAUAGCAAAGUUUUACACACUCCCCAUGGCCACUCAGUGGAAAUUGAUUUAGCAAUGCAAAUCCUAAAUCAGAUGUACUGUGGUAUAUUUAUGAAAGAUGGAGUAAUGCAGUGCCACAUUGAUAUUGAUAUAUAACAACCCUCCCUGACCAGGACUCGAACUCAGAUGACUCCGGGUAUGAAACCAGAGGGCCAGUUCUAAACCAACCAUGCCACACAACCCACUAAAAGGAGUAGGAUCUCAUUAGCUCCAUCCACAUUACCUAUCUACUCAAACUACAGUAAUGAUGGCAAAACUUUAUGCACUCCCCCCAUGGGUACUUGGAGGAAAUUGAUUUAGUAAUUCAAAUCCUAAGUCAGGUGUACUGUGGUAUCUUUAUGAAAGAUGGAAUAAUGCGAAGCCGCAUUGAUAUCUUAUAUGUAUAUAUUUUGCCAACAUCAAUUUUUAAUGACUAAUCUGUUCCCAGCUUCCAAAUAUCAUAAUCAUACCAGGGUGUGGCAGACUUAGUAAAAUUACAGUUGAGUUGAACAGCAGUAGUGAGUGAUUCAUAUUUGCAAGAAGGUAUUAUUUAGUAGAAGGUAUUAAAAAAAAUUAUUGUAAUAUCUUUAUCUCUGAAAGGAACUGCAAAUUGAUAAUGGAAUGGGCGGAUUCAAACACCAGAAAAAAGUGAAAGCAAUUUUAGAUAUCAUCAUUGUGGCCAAAAUAAGAUAUACCUUGCCGAUCUUUGAUCAAAAGUAAAAAGUAGUGUAAAAAUAUUGGUUCUUCUGAAAUACUAAAUUUACUUGUUCAUCAGCAUUUUUCAUUGUUUUCAUCAGUAAUGCAAUACAACUGUUUCUUAUAAGAAUGGUUGUAAUAUUUUCCAUAAAGCAGUAAUUACUAGAGAUUUUCAAUCACAAUAUUCAUUCAUAAAAAAACUAGGAUACAAUUAAACAGCUUUUUUUAAUAUCUUUAGAUUUAUUAUUGACUCUGCCUAACUAAUACACACUGGAAUGUACAUAAAUAUACAUAAUUUACACUUAUACAACUCACCAAAUUAGAACAGAUUCAUGCCUGUACAUUUAAUAAUAUUUUUAAAAGAAGUGUUCUUACUAUCUUUUAAGGUAGUUGUUUUCAUACAUGUACCACAACCAAACAAAAUCUACAAGAGAAACCAAACAAACAAACAAACAAACAAAA